GGCUGAUCAAAUGCUCAACAGGAAGCUGGCAACACAACUUGAACCAUCGUCAUAUGAUGGUCUAUCCCUCUUUAAAAAGAGAGGGACAAACUUCACUGCCCUUCAAUCGCGAUGAACGGUAUCCUACCUCUUGCUACUAUUUUUUUGUUUGCUUCAGCUACAGCCAAGGCACCUGCUGGUCCCUGGGACGCGUUUAACUUUGCUCCGGCUACUAGGUCUUUCGUUCCAAAAUCUGUUUAUACGACUGUAGGACUGGUCGCUGGUGCCGAAAAUCUCUUGGGCAACUCGUCUUCUACCGAGGGCGCUAUUGUCACCGGAAAUGGCUCGUACAUUGUCUUGGAUUUUGGACAAGAGGUUGGUGGUAGACUGUCCUUCCAGAUCGAUUCUACCACUUCCCCUGCAAUUUCUCUUUCUUUUACGGAGUCCGCCAUGUUCAUAUCACCUACGGAGUCGGAUGACUCUUGUACAGUGUCCCCUGAUCAUGAUUUAGACGGCGUUCUUUCCGUUCCUUUGCCCCUUGCAGCCAAUAAAACUUUCACUCAAACAGUCGGCGACCAACGCGGAGGUUUUCGCUUCCUUACUAUUGUAUCUGACGGCGACGCGCCUGUGACAAUCUCGAAUGUCACUGUGAACGCAACGUUCAUGCCACAAAUGGAUGACCUUAGUGCUUACACCGGCUACUUUUAUGCUCAAGAUAGUGAUUUUCACGAUCAGGAUUUCCUGACCAAGCUGUGGUACGGCGGGGCGUAUACUGUGCAGAUGAACACCAUAGACUCCCACGAAGCCAGGCAGCAGCCUUGUCCUGUGCCGUCAGGCUGGGCCAAUAAUGCAAGUGGUGGUCCUGUGGAAGGAAGUAUACUAGUCGAUGGUGCCAAACGAGAUAGGAACGUAUGGCCUGGCGACAUGGGGAUAUCGACACACACCGAGCUAGUCUCCACUUUCGACCUCGAGUCUUCUGCAAAUUCUCUACUAGUCAUGUAUUCGACUCAAGAUCCUACCACAGGCGCUCUGCAAUACUCUGGUCCACCUAUCAAUGCUGUCGGCAGUGAUACCUACAUCUGUUGGUCGUUAAUCGGUACACACAGUGUGUAUAUGUACACCGGCGACCUGGAUUUUGUUGAAAAAAUUUGGGCGAAUUACACAAAUGCGUUGGCUUUUUUGCAGAGCCAGGUUGAUGAAACAAGGUUGAUGAACGUGCCGAAUUCUUUCGCCAACGAUUGGGGUAGAGCUGAUGGGCAGGGUCAUAAUGUGGCAGCUAACGCACUUUUAUAUGAGGCUCUGGUCACUGCCGCUGAACUAGCGACCGCCAUGGGCAAUGUCAGUCUUGCUAGUGCUUACGCAGCUAAUGCGUCGUCGAUCAAAACAGCAUUCAACGACCUGCUAUGGGACGAAGCAGCGGGCCUGUUCAAGGACAAUGAUAUGUCGACUUUACACCCUCAAGAUGGCAAUUCCCUCGCAGUGCUGUUCAAUCUCACAACCAAUACCAGGCAGAUUCAAGCGAUCAGCGAGGGACUAACGCAAUUUUGGACAGACCUUGGGCCGCUUAGUCCUGAGCUCAAUGAUACGAUAAUACCAUUCGUCAGUGGCUUUGAGCUUCAAGCCCACUUCAUCGCGGGCCAAGGAGAACGAGCACUUGAGUUGCUUCACCGUGAAUGGGGAUACAUGCUUUAUACGAAUCUGUCGGUGCAGUCUACGAUGCUGGAGGGCUUUACGGCAAACGGCUCUUUGGGUUACCGUGCCGCGGCUGGAUACGAUUUUGACUACUCGUAUACUAGCCACGCACAUGGAUGGUCUACCGGUCCCACUUUCUCGUUAACUUUCUAUCUGCUGGGAUUGACGAUUACCUCGCCCCAAGGUAUCACAUGGUCUGUAGCUCCUGUCCUAAGUGGUCUGCAUGCCGCCGAAGGCGGCUUUGAGACGGGGCUAGGAUGGUUUGGUGCCAACUGGACUCUGACGAGUGAUAACGCUACGUUCACUGUGAUGAUCAAUACUCCAAACGGAACUAACGGGACAGUGAUUCUUCCUGGUACGGGUAAUGUUUCGGUGGAUGGAGAGGGCACGAGCGGGAACGUGUCGCAGUUGAGCCUUGACGGAGGUUCACAUGUCAUUGUUCUGAAGUUGAGAUAAUUGCACAUACUUGUCUGUCAGACGGGCCACAUGAAGAUUCGUAUACAUACCCGUUGGUAAUAGCUUACUAUGUGAAAUUUCUCCGUGCUGGC